AUGUCGUAUGGUUCCCAUCGUUACGGAGCAGGGAGCAGUAGCCUAGGAUCCACCGGAAGUGGUGGAGUUGGCGGUUCCUAUGGAGGUUAUGGCUCCACGGGUGGAAGUUACGGUUCGUCUUCUGGAUCUGGAGGGUCAUCCCUGUACGGAGGAGGGAACGGUUACAGUAGCAGCAGCGGCCUUGGUGGGGGCUACUCAAGCGGGACAUACUCUAACCCGUAUACUGGCAGCUCAUACAGCGGAGUUGGUGGUGGUGGUAGUUACGGCAGUAGUGGCGGAGGAGGAGGAGGAUCUUAUGGUGGGUCGUAUCACGGACAUUCGCCCAGCCCAUACAGCUCCACCGGUGGUUAUGGCUCUUCUUCCCUUGGUUCUGGGCUAGCCAGCUCUGCGCCGUACACCUCAAGUGGUAGCAAUUUCGCUUUUCCUCCAACGUCAUCACUGGGAAGUACCAGCAGCACACCCUACAGUUCUAGUGUAGGCCCCACUUCCCCGUCGCCGUACGUUCCCGGAUCUAAAAUCUUAUCCUCCACGUCCACCCCAGCACCAUAUAUCCCCGGAGCCAGCCGGCUGGGCUCUGGUUCUGGGUACAGCUCUUCCAUUCUGGGAUCGUCUGCUGGAUCUCUUUAUGGAAGCUCCAGCUCUGGUUUGCCGACAUCGUCGUCCAUUGGCUCAACUACCAGCAGUGCAUCUCUGGGCCACAGUUCCUCGUCGUCUUUAGCAGGACUUCCACCCUCGGGUGGGGUAGGCUCAACAUCCAGCUUAAGCGCUGUUGGGUACGGCUCCGCGUCAACGCUGCCUGGUUCCGGAAUGGCAUCCAGCUCUGGUUUGGGCUCAGCAUACAGCUCACGAGCAGGUUCGACAACUUCGUUGCCGGGCUCGUCUACUUUUGCUGCUGGACUAAGUUCUUCACUCGGG